CUCUCUCUAUAUUUUGGAAUCGGCGUCUACGGGACUUCGAUAUGCGAGCGAGGGGGCGAGCGCAGCUAAGAGGGGCAACAGGAACGAAAGAGGCGAAUUGGAACCCUAGAUGCGUCCAUGCGUGCCGAUCCACGCUUCUUUCGGACGAGCGAUCUCGUGAACGCAGGAGGAUCUGAUCUCUUGCUUUAAACCCCUUUAUCUUUAUUCUGGUCAGCAAUCGGUGGUUCUAGGAUCAGGGGGUUAGGUUUUCUGCCGAUGAUACCGGGAGGAGGCUGUGAUUAGUUUAUCCUCUUGCCUUUCUUUGGAACUGCGGAGAUCUUACAUUUUGGCUAGUUUUCCCGGCUGUUUUCUUUUGGUGAGUAUUACAGAGGGUUUCGUGUUGCACCGCAAUGGCGGACAAGCGCAUGAAGGCGGUCGUCGAAUAUGAUGACGCUGAGGAUGGGAAUAGUGAGGAGGGAGAGAAAGAGGACUCUGAUGAUUUAGAGCUUGGUCUCUCACUGGCCCAUUCGGAGAUUAGGGCGGGGUUUAUGGGUGGCGGGCAGAGGGAAGGCCAUAGCAGGAAGAACUUGCCUUGGGAGGACCAGGGUGUUGGGUGCUCGCAGUUUGGCUCACCGCCGGAGCCUUUGAGGCAAUUUGAUUUUGGGCAAGGGAACGUGAAGGACUGGGUAGAAAUGAACGAUUGUAGAGAGGACGUGGUGGAGGUAGGUUCUGUGUCUCAGGUGAAUUAUGUAUCACGUGACACCUGUUUGGAGAUGUCCAAUUCUGAAUGUCAGAGGUUUGCUCAACAAAAGCGGCGUAAAGUCCUUCCUUCUCCAGAAGAUGCAACUUUCUUCCUUGCUGAAGUGACAGCAGCAGCAGUGGCUAUUGACUUCAUUCCACUAAGUUCAUCAUAUUCAGUUGAAGACAAGAAGGCCUACCACUUGAGCAUUUUCUCAAGUGAUGAUGCUUUUGUAAAGUCCAGCAACACCAUUGAUGGAGUAGGCUUUGAUGGAGACACCAUAUCUGCAAUAAGUGCUAAAAAUGUGGAAUUCAGGAUGGAUUUUUCAGAUGAUCUGUUACACCUGAUUUUCUCUUUCCUUGAACAAAAAGAUUUAUGUAGAGCAGGAGCAACAUGCAAGCAGUGGUUAGCAGCUAGCACACAUGAGAAUUUCUGGAGGUGUUUAGAGUUUGAAAAUAUAAGGAUCUCCCAGCAGAACUUUGUUGCUAUUUGCCAUCGUUACCCCAAUGCUACUGAAGUAAAACUGCGUGGUACUCAAAAUGUUGAGGGCCUUGUCAUUGUUGCAAUGACUUCUUUAAGGCAUCUUGAAACUUUAAUCUUGGACAAGGGGCGGCAUAGUGAAUCUUUUUUUCUUAGUGAAGCUUUUUUUCUUACCUUGACUGAUUGUCCUGCGUUAACUACUUUGAGAAUUUCUGAUGCAUUUAUCAGUAAUUGCACUCAAGAGGUAACUGUAUGCCAUGAAAAGUUACAUGACCUUCAGUUGGUAAAAUAUCGAGCUCUCCGUAUUACUGUCAGAUGUCCUCAACUUCAGACUUUGUCCCUGAAGCGCAGCAGCAUGGCUCAUGUUUUGCUUAAUUGUCCCCAGUUAUGUGUGUUGGAUUUAUCUUCCUGCCACAAAUUACCUGAUACUGCAAUUCGGUCAUCUGCUAUGUCAUGCCCUUUAUUGACAUCACUAAACAUGUCAUCUUGCUUAUGUGUUACUGAUGAAACCAUACGUGAAAUAUCUUUCACAUGUCCAAAUCUGUGCACUCUUGAUGCUUCGAACUGUCCAAAUAUCUCAUUUGAGUUGGUGACACUCCCCAUGUUGAUGAAUUUGAGGCUUGAAAGUUGUGAGGCAAUAACUUCUGCCUCUAUAUCUGCCAUAUCUCAGAGCCAGAUGCUAAAGUCAUUGGAGCUUUAUAACUGUGGCAUGCUUACUUCUGUCUCACUGGACCUGCCACACCUGCAGAAUAUAAGUCUUGUAUAUUUGCGCAGAUUUGUUGAUCUUAAUUUGCGGAGUCCUGUGCUCAAGCAGAUCAAGGUUUCUAGAUGUUCAGCACUUCACCGCAUUAGCAUUACUUCAAAUGCACUUCAGAAACUGGUAUUGCAAAAGCAGGAAAGUUUGACUACUUUGUUAUUGCAAUGUCAAAACUUGCAAGAAAUGGACCUUAGUGAUUGCGAGUCUUUGAUGGAUUCUAUUUGUGAAGUGUUUAGUGAUGGGGGAGGUUGCCCAAAGCUACGGUCAUUGGUUCUUGACAAUUGUGAGCGCCUAAGUAUGGUCAAAAUUAGCAGUUGCACUCUGGUGUAUCUAUCACUGGCUUGGUGCCAUGCUAUGAAUGCGAUUGAACUAUCAUGUCCAAACCUUGAAGAACUAAAUCUCGAUGGCUGUGAUCAUCUUGAAAGUGCAUCAUUUUGUUCGGUUGGUCUUGAGUUGCUUAAUUUAGGUAUCUGCCCAAGACUAAGUGAUCUACGGAUUGAAGCUCAAAACAUGUUAGUCUUGGAUCUUAAGGGUUGUGGUGUGCUAUCGCAAGCAUAUAUUCACUGUCCUCGCUUGAAAGUCUUGGAUGCUUCGUUCUGCAGAAAAUUUAGUGAUGAAUCAUUGUCUACAAUAGCUGCAUCAUGCCCUCAUAUUGAAUCUUUGAUCCUGUCAUCGUGCCAAUCUGUUGGACCUAAUGGGCUAUCUUCCUUGCGUUUUCUUCGACGUCUGACUCUGCUCGAUUUGUCAUACACAUUUUUUAUGAGCUUGCGGCCUGUUUUUGACAAUUGUUUGCAGUUAGUGGUCUUAAAACUUUCUGCCUGCAAGUAUCUCACAGAUUUUUCUCUUGAUGCCCUCUAUAAAGAAGAUGUGCUUCCAGCCCUUCGCGAGCUGGACUUGUCAUAUUCAUCUAUUGGACAACUUGAUAUACUAAAUCUAAUCACUUACUGUACAAAUUUGGUUCAUCUGAAUUUGAAUGGUUGUGCAAACAUUAACGAACUUAUCUGGAGCGCUAGUUAUUGCCAUUUAUCUAAUAUGGCCAUCAAUAACUGUUCGUCUGCAAUAUCAAAAGAAAAUGACGAGAGCUUUAGGAAGACUGGCCAUCUGCUUCAGAUUCUGAACUGCACCGGUUGUCCAAAUAUUAAGAAAGUUCUCAUUUCUUCUUCAGCUAAUUGUUUGCAUUUAUACAAAAUUAACCUCAAUUUGUCCAAAAAUUUGAAGGAAGUAUAUCUGACAUGUACCAAUCUCUGCAUGCUAAAUUUGAGCUACUGUAGUUCCUUGGUGAUCUUGAGGCUCAAUUGUCCAAGACUUAACAACCUCCAGCUUCUGGCUUGUAGAAUGCUGACUGAAGAAGCAUUAGAAGAUGCUAUUUCCCAGUGUCAAGAGUUGGAAAUUAUCAACAUCUUCUCUUGCUCCAAGAUACGUGCCAAAGAUUUUGAUAGAUGGCGAAUGGUUUGCCCGAGCCUGAGACGGAUCCAAAGCAGUCUAUAAAGUGCCAUUCCAUUUCGAGUUUUCAGGUAAUCCAUCUGUUGCAGCCGGUACGAGAGAAGCACACUUGUUUUAUCCUUCAAGGCAUUUUGCGUCUUUUUUUUUAUUGUACAUAAACUGUGUUGCCUUUUGUUUUUUGUCGGGUUCUUUUUAUUUGUACAUAAACCGAAUUGACUAUUACGUUUUGCUGUUUUAUCAUUUCAUCAGAUAAUGAAUCAUCAUAGCGUACGAUUAUAUGGUCACAUUGAAAAGAAAAAGAAAAAAAA